AUGUUAGAUAGGGUUGUUGCAAAUCCUGUAUGGAGAGAGGUGUAUAAGGAGUCAUGGGUUGAAGUUUUGGUGGUUAGCUCUUCUGACCAUAAAUCUUUGUUAGUUCACUUACAGAAGCAAAAAGAAGCUGAAGGGGUUAAGAGGAGAUCAUUUAAGUAUGAGGCAAGUUGGGCUUUAGAAGAUGAUUGUGAACUGGUUUUAAAGAUAGCAUGGAAGAAGGAAGUCGUGGGGAGGAAUCCCUCGAACACGGUAGUGAAGUUACUGGAUAAUAGUAAAGCAGUUUUUCAGAAGUGGAGCAAGAAGCUAAGUAAUGAAGGAAAAAAGGAAAUUGAGGAAAAAUCAAGACUACUGCAGAGGCUACAAGAGGAUGAAAAUAGUAGUAAUGCACUUGAGAUGAGGAGAGUGAAGGAAGAAUUGAACUUGUUGUUGGAUAAAGAAGAUCUGAGGUGGCGAUAG